AUGCCACAUCCAGUAGCACGCCCAACGCCUCCCGGCAAGGGCAAGGGCAAGGGCAAGCCGUCUGAUUGUCAAGAAAAACGUCAAUUUUUGGAAGAAAAGAACCAUAAGAAGAGACUUCCAGACGGCGAUAAAAGGUUGAAUACAUUGCACGCGGAAGAUGCCAUUGCAGAAGAUGAUGACUCAUCGGAGACACUCAGCAAUGGUUUGCCGCCUGAUGCCAGAAAGCUCGAUUCGUGUGAUGAAUUAGUCCUCGAUCACAUAGAAAGCUUUUCAGAUGAUCCGUGGCAAGGACCACCUCAAUGCUACGAAAUUCCGUGGACAAUUUUGUUUGGGAAUGUGGGCAGGCAAAGAGAGGACGCCGAAGUUGAAGCUGUGAAGGAACUGAUUCGACAAGCUGAAGCGGUUGGGCUGAUUGGGGGAGGUGUGCGCUCGGAGGAACAUGACGAAAUACCCAUUGAUCUUGACGGGAGGAGUAUUUUGGAUCGGAGUGAUGCCCUUUGGGAUAGGUUAGUUCUUGGAAGCGUACCGUUUGACUUUGGCGACGGGGCUUUGGACAAGGCAAAUGUUGAUCCAGCAGGGACGGACGGGCAGGAUGAGAAUUGUGGCUGUUACAGAACGUCUGGAUCUGACGGGAUUGAGUAA